UCUCAAAACUUGGACGCCUGACGUUCUCAGGCCUGGAGAAGGGGCCCCGGCAGUUGAUGAGAGCUGGUAUUGCCCUGAUCUUUGUGGGCCAUAUCAAUUUUAUCUUGGGAGCCAUUGUUCAUGGAACCGUAUUAAGGCAUGUGGCCAAUCCAGAGAAGAGGGUGAGCCCGGAAUAUUGCACCGCCAAUAUCAUCUCUGUUGUGUCCGGACUGUUGAGCAUCACUACGGGGAUCUGCGCUAUCUUGGCCUCCAGGAACAUUGCAAGAGCCAAACUUCACUGGGCCCUCCUGGUCCUCUCCUUGCUGAACGCUCUGCUAUCGGCUGCCUGUUUUGUGGGUCUCGUCUUAUCCAUCUCGCUUACAAUUGCCGAUGGAGGCAAGAACCUCAUAUCUGGAUGUAAUGCCACCGUCCUCCCUGCGGACACCCGCUCUGUCAUCAUGAGUAAUGAGUGCCCCUUCGACACUACACGAAUCUACGACACAACCCUUGCUCUCUGGUUCCCCUCCAUGUUCCUGUCUGCAGUGGAGGUUGCACUGUCUAUCCGCUUCUGUGUUGUGGCAUUCAUAUUGAGGGGCAUUGGCCCAUGUGGAGAGACUUACCUCAGAGAAAAGGUAUAUGCCAAAUACAAUGGGGUUAAUAAAAGUGUCUAA